UCACCGCUUGAAACAGAAUCAGGGGCAGGUCGGCAGAAAGCAAACAAUAAUCAUUUCAAUUGAAAAGUACAGCUUGCGUAACGCAACGUGGAGGGAACGUGUAGCUCAAAUACCGCGGAGACAGGGUUUUUUUUUUUGGUCUGUGAGUGUAAUGGAUGUUUUUGGUGUGUUUCUAUUUGGAAGGGGCCGCUGGUAGACUAAUAGCUAGCCUAAGUGGCAAGAAUAUGUGCUCUGGUUCUUGGCCUAGUGCUGCUGCUGCUGCUGCUGGGAUUUGUUGAUCCACUUUCACAAUUUUGGAAAAAAGGCCAUUUCGAGCGCAGAAACGAAGAGUUUUUAGUAAUCAUUCUUAUUAGCGACAUGUGAAUGGUUUCUACUUCCUCAGAAAGAUGACAGUCACAGAGAGAGUUCGACUCGCCUUCAGUGGUCACCAUAGUGUGUCAUAUAUGUGCGCCUAACAUCAUUGCUGCGUUACCGUGCCAGGCUCGCGAAAAGCAGUUUACCAGUUGGCGGUUGGAGCCAUAACAGCAUAACGGUCUCAGGUGUCACAGUGGCAUGCAUCAGAUGCUUAGGUCUACAGCUGUCCAAGAGAGCUGUAGAGUCCGUCUCAUCACAUGGAAAACUCCACUCUUCAGAGACAAGGCACCUGGCCGCAACUCCUGCCUUCUGGUCUGAUUCCACUUACAAACACAUAACCCCUGACUGCUUCCAACCUUACAGUCCCUUGAAAAAGCUUCAGUACCUGACCUUUGUGGGAAGUUACCUGGACAGGUAUUCCACGGGCAGGGAUCCUGAAAUGCUGUGAAAAUGUUUUCCGUGUGACUGUGGGGGGCAUCUGGUUGCCAGUUUAAACAAAUUGACGCACGUCUCUCACAAAAUCCCAAACAAUGGACACAGCUUUGUCUGAUACUAGAGUUGACAAUAACAACUGCAUGUCCCCUCCAAGUCCUGACUUCAGUCUUGAUUCAUCCAGUCCAUUUGCCAAUGGCCUACACUUCGAGUCAAUUUUGUUUGAGGAUGAGGAUGAACAUGAGGGUUUGGAUACAGAGACAAAGUCUGCGAUGGAAAACUGCCGUAGCCCUAAAAAUGACACCACUAUGAAGAGAAAUCAAAAGAUAAACGACCCAAAGACAAGAUCUCAUCCACCAGUGCAAUACCUUGAAGGUGAAAUUAUAUGGGCCAAGUUCAACCGUAGACCAUGGUGGCCAUGUCGAGUGACUGUUGAUCCAGUAUUGGGUACCUAUCACAAAAUAAAAGAGCUAUGUGAUAGACUCUGCCGUCAGUAUUACAUCAAGACAUUUGGGGAACCUGAGGAGCUGGCCUGGGUCUCUGAGAAAGCCACCCAUAUAUUUGUGGGUGGAUAUCAGUUUCACAACCUCCCUGGUCCAAAGAGAGGGGGAAAACAAGAUGAAAACUGCAGAUACUCUGUCCCCAAGAGGUUUCUGAGCUCUUGGACUGCUGGUGUGUCUGAGGCAGAGGCACUUUUCCUGGAGAAACCCAGGAUCUCCAUCCCAACUUCUGAAUUCACAGAAAAGACCUCAGUUGAUGGAACCACACAAGACCAAGAAGACAAGUUCACCCGUUUGCCCAUGGGGACUUCUGAAAGUGGUCAUCUAGCCAAUGGCAAUAUUGCACAUAAAGACCAGAACACUUUGAUUAAGUCUAAAUGCAAGAAGAAGAAAAGAAAGACGUCAGCAGCACUAUUUACAAAACUUGAUGAGUUGGUUUGUGAAACAGCUAAGGUGGAAGAAGCUGUGGAGAGUCCUUAUUCCGACAUUGAUUCAGUGCCACAGAUCCACAGAUGUCCUAAAGGCAGUGAACCACCCUCAAAAAAUUCCAUUACUGAUCAGCCUUCAAGACAAAACAUGAACCCAAACAACAAGGAGUCAAAGAAAAGCCCUGAGGGCCAGGGUGGUCUCUGGUUCAGCAAAGCAGGAAAAAGCCCAGCCAGUGGAGUAUUCAGUCGUGCAGGAAUUAAAUCUGUUAAUUGCUCCUUUGGUAAGGUAUCUUGCAAGAUUAAGAUCCCAGAUGCGGCGAGUGUGAAGUCUAGAGAGAGUCAAACCACAGGACUUGAACACUUGUCUGUAGAAGCCAAGAAAGCUCUUGACAGGAGAGUUGCAUGUCUUCCAGCCAGCAGUCGUCUCAUGACCAGAGCACUGAGAGCAUUGGAGGAGGCAGAGCUCCGGAAGAAGCUACCACCUAACAAAAGUCAGGAGCAAACAGUAGCAAAUGGUGACUCAGAGAAUGAUAUAUCUGUUACCAUAUGUGCAUCUGCUGAAAAGAAAAAGGUGACACAAACAGAUGUAAGUCCUGGAUUUAACGGUGACAUGAUAAAGAAUGAAAAUGUAAAGAUAGCUACAGAUCUCCCCUCUUUGAAAGGUGACGUUGCAAUCAAAUCUGAGGAUGAAGCUUGUCUGAUAUCUCCUGAUCCUAUCGAUUGUAAUCUAUCAAAAUUCAAACAAGAGAAUAAUGGGUCUGAUGUAUCAACUAGUUCCACUCCAUCUCCUUUGCUUUUUAAUUUGCAGGAUCUUGAAGAUAUGAAAGAAAUAACCUUCAAGUCACUGGAAUGUGAAAAUAAUUGCAAGCCAAUUACAUUUCAGCCAGAUGCAAACUAUAAAUUUAGCACAUACCUGAUGCUGUUAAAGGAUAUGCAUGAUAGCCGAGAAAAAGAUGGCAGAACUUUGGUAGUGGAACCUUUACCUACAAAUGUGCUCAUUAAGGAGGAGCCAUCCCUUAUUCCAAAAGAUGAUAUAAAGAAUGAUUUUGGUAAUGUUAAACAUGAUAAAAUCAAGUGCUCCUCACGAAGUCCCCAAAAGUAUGAACAGGACAAAAUGUCUAGCUUUAAAUCCAAACACAGUAAAACAAACACAACAGUUGAGCCAAACCUGGAUGUUAAGACACUCCAAGAUGGAGGUGCCACUGACUGUGUGAUUCACCAAUGUCAGACAAUGUCAAACAUAUCAAAAUGCGUUAGAAGACCUAACAAAAAAAGUCAAGCUGUGCUGAACAAGAAGAAGCGUAGUAAAGUUGAUGUGUGUCCUGAGCUCUCAAAACAUGCAUGUAGCAGGAAUUCGGAGGGCACACAGACCCCAGCAUGCAAUUUACCCAAUGAGAACCUUGAGAACACUUUUUUUGGCAGUGUACCUAAAAAGCGCUGGCUAAGGUUUGACCAGGACAACAAAAAAGUGCUGCAAGUAGAAGUCAGAAGUGACCAGAAGCAGGAACAGAUGUUGCCUACAGAACAGAAUAGUUCUCUAAUGCCUGGUGCAAAAGAGUCAAGUACAUCGCCAAAGAAAGAAGUGGAUACAAACCCAGACCCUGUUACUCUGGGCAGCCAGGAAAUGACUAGUUUUCCCACAGAAAGUAAACGUAUCAGAAAGCCUAGCAAAAGACUCAUAGAAUGGACAGAGGAAUAUGAUCAGAUAUUUGCCACUAAGAAGAAAAUCAAAAAGAAAGCUGAAACCUUGCGAAAGGUUAGUAAAACCAAUUCUGGAGAUGUCAAUGAGAAAUUGCCAGAGACACAGGAGCUUCAAGGAACAAUACAAAGUGUUCUAAGCUUACUGCCUGAAAUUCAGACUCCUCCCCCUGAAGAAAGGUCUAAGACUCCUCCCCCUGAAGAGAGGGCUAAGACUCCUCCCCCUGAAGAGAGGUCUAAGACUCCUCCCACCACAGAGAAUAAUCCAUGUCAAGAGGGGCAGUUGAUGACUGUAGACACAUUAACUCCACCUCCAGAAGCAGUCCCUUCCCCAUGUGCUGAAAAUUGUUCUAAAGAACAGCUUCCAGGUCAGACUAGUUCAACAACUGGUGAUGGCAUCUCUCUAAGCGCAAAGAGGCAAAGAAAGCCUACCAAGAAAAUUCUAGAGAGUUCACUUGAUGUUGAACCAAUUCUAACACCAAAAAAGAAGGUGAAGUCUCAAAGAAACAGUAGUCCAGGACAUGCUGCUAAUCCAGGGUUUGGGCAGUCAAAAAGUAAGAGCAAGCAGCCUGCUCUGCUCACGUCUGAAGCGAGUAGCCUGCUGCCAGAGAACUUGGAGAGGGAUGAAGACACGACCUCCACAAGCCCUGAGACACUCAAGCCAGAGCCAGUUGAGGACGGCAAAGUCAUUCCAGAACCUGAGACACGUGUCCCCAAGCAAGAAUGUUAUGACCCGUCUCUUAAUUCGGAGAGGAAAGAUGAGGGUGAUGAAGGAUUCUCACCCAGUAAGAGAGUUUCAGUGGAGAAGGGAGGUGGGAACUUACUAAGGGAUAAUGUGUGUCAGGUGUGUGAGAAGCAAGGUGAGCUGCUUGUGUGCGAGGGCCAGUGCUAUGGAGCCUUCCAUGUGCAGUGUGCCGGCCUGACUGAGCCUCCGACCGGGAAGUUCACCUGCCAGCAGUGCACCUCUGGCGUGCACGAAUGCUUUGUGUGCAAGAAACCUGGGAAGGAGGUGAAGAGGUGUGUGGUGCCCACAUGUGGGAAGUUCUACCACAGCGAGUGCAUUGCCUGCCAUGCACCCGCUGUGCCAUUGAUUCGGGGCUUCCGCUGCUCCCUGCACGCCUGCCUUGCCUGCUUCAUCAGUAACCCGGAUAACGCUGCCAACCCGGCCAUCUCGAAAGGCCGCCUGGUCCGCUGCAUCCGAUGUCCGGUGUCAUACCACGCUACUGAUUUCUGCAUACCUGCUGGCAGCUUGGUCCUGGCAAGCAACACCAUCCUGUGUCCCAACCACUUCACCCCACGCAGGGGCUGCCGCAAUCACGAGCACGUCAACGUCAGCUGGUGCUUCGUUUGCUCGGAAGGUGGUAGUCUGCUGUGUUGCGAGUCCUGUCCUGCAGCCUUUCACCGUGAGUGUCUGAACAUUGAGAUGCCGGAGGGUAGCUGGUACUGCAACGACUGCCGGGCAGGCAAGAAACCGCACUACAAGGAGGUGGUGUGGGUCAAAGUUGGUCGAUACAGAUGGUGGCCUGCAGAAGUCAGUCAUCCUGAGAACAUUCCAGAAAAUAUCCAGCGAAUGAGACACGACGUUGGAGAGUUCCCCGUGCUUUUCUUUGGCUCUAAUGACUACCUGUGGACCUAUCAGGCUCGUGUCUUUCCGUACAUGGAAGGAGACGCCAACAGUAAAGAAAAAAUGGGACGAGGGGUUGACUCCAUUUACAAGAAAGCACUGGAAGAAGCUGCCAAAAGGUUCCGGGAACUGCAGGCUGAGAAGGAGCUUCGACAACUGCAGGAGGACAGACGCAAUGACAAGAAGCCUCCACCUUACAAACACAUCAAGGUGAACCGACCAAUUGGCAAAGUGCAGAUCAUCACCGCUGACCUGUCCGAGAUCCCGCGCUGCAACUGCAAGGCGGAGGAUGAGAAUCCGUGCGGCAUAGACUCGGAGUGCAUCAACCGCAUGCUGCUGUAUGAGUGCCACCCGCAGGUGUGCCCUGCGGGUGAGCGCUGCCAGAACCAGUGCUUCACCAAGCGCCAGUACUCGCAGGUGGAGAUCUUCCGGACGCUGGCGCGGGGCUGGGGCAUGCGCUGCUGCCACGACAUCAAGAAGGGGGAAUUUGUAAGCGAGUAUGUCGGGGAGGUGAUCGACGAGGAGGAAUGCCGAGCUCGGAUUAAGCACGCACAGGAGAAUGACAUCGGGAAUUUCUACAUGCUUACGCUGGACAAGGACCGGAUUAUUGAUGCAGGGCCAAAGGGAAACCAGGCCCGAUUCAUGAACCACAGCUGCCAGCCCAACUGUGAGACGCAGAAAUGGACAGUAAACGGGGACACUCGGGUUGGGCUUUUUGCACUGGUCGACAUUCCCGCUGGCACCGAGUUAACUUUCAACUAUAACCUUGAAUGUCUGGGCAAUGGGAAGACUGUGUGUAAAUGUGGUUCACCCAACUGCAGUGGCUUCCUAGGAGUGAGGCCCAAGAACAACCUGGACGAUAAGGGCCGUAAACUGAAGAAGAAGGUUCAGGUGAAGCGCAAGCCGGCGCAGGAGCUGACCAAGGAGCGGGAGGACGAGUGCUUCAGCUGCGGCGACGGGGGCCAGAUGGUCUCAUGCAAGAGGCCCGGCUGUCCGAAGGUGUACCACGCAGACUGCCUCAACCUCACCAAGAGGCCUGCAGGGCGCUGGGAGUGCCCCUGGCACCAGUGCGAUCUGUGCGGUCAGGAGGCGGCCUCUUUCUGUGAGAUGUGUCCGAGCUCGUACUGUGCGGAGCACCGUGACGGCAUGCUCUUCAUCUCCAAGCUGGACGGCCGCCUAUCGUGCAGCGAGCACGACCCGUGUGGCCCCGAGCCACUGGAGCCCGGCGAGAUCCGUGAGUACACGUCAGAGCAUGCCACCUCCUACCCUGUCAAGGCCUUGCCCCUGUUCAAGGCAACCCGUGGCAACCCGCCCCCUGAGAAUGGCCAUCCCACCUUCGAACCUUCCGCCCCUGCACCCAACUCCGCCCCACUGCUGAGUCCCGGUCCCUCCGAACCGCCGCUUAGCGCUAACAUUACUUUUAACAGCAGUUACUCACCUACAUCCUCCUAUGGGGAGGACAAAGAAGACGAAAAGGGCUUGGUGGAGCAGGUGGGGCAGGAGCAGCACAGGGUGGAGGGCGAGGGGAUCAGAGAGGAAACUGGAGGCCAGCGAGUGGUCAAACUAGAAACACAGGAUCAAAGAGAAGAAAGCACUAUGGAAGGUACACUCACUGUGUGAAUCUGUCAGCUCUUAUCACUCUAUUGUUUUACAAAAGGGUUUAGGUAAACAAACCACUAAAUGAUGACAGUAUACCUAUAGUGUGUUUACUUCACUUGAGUAGGAGCUAGUGACUUUGGAUAACAGUGGAGUGCGUUUGAAGCUGCUUGAUGGAAUUAAAGGAUAACGGGUCCUGUUAGCUGAUUCAAUCAGUUUGUUUGUCUAGACCCCAUUUACAUCUACUUCUCCCUUUUUAUUGAAGGGAACACAGACUUCAUAGUUUUAAUGUAUUCAAGUUUACCAUAGAAAUUUAACAGAGCAAUGAAAGAAAAGCUGAAACUUUGGGUAGCAAAUGAUCCUGAAAAAAUAUUUUUUUAGAGGAAAUCACAAAGAGAUUGAAAGGUUCAAAAUAUCUCCAUCACAAAAAGAGACCUUUAGUUUUUAUUUAUUUAUUGUCCUGCAAAAAACAAACAAACAAAAAACCAUUACCUACUAUGUUUAAGUGCUGUAUGUGGACAAUCUUCAGUCUUGCUGAGGGGUGGUGUUGCGUUCAUCAACUUGCGUGUAACUGCAAGCUACAGAAAUCAAGACAUUUAAAAGACUGUAUCACUGUCUUCAGUGCGUGAACAUGGGUGAUUUGCAUUCAAAAAUGCACGAGUCCCAUUUCAUUUAGGCCUAAAGGCCCAUGGUGGGCAAAUUAACCAAAGCACUUGACAAGUGUGUGUCCACUUGAUCUAUUUCUAAUAGGGAUUAAUUAUGCCAUAAGUUGAUUUAGGCUUAUGCCUGAAUUAGAAAUUGGAGUUGAUUGAUGCACUAUGAUGAAAGCAGCGCACCCAGUGCUUGAGUGAUCAGGUUCAUGCUCUAGUGUCACACUCCACUUAUCUUGCCUUACCCAAGCCACUCACUAGACCAGUUCAUCUGUGUUUUAAAGACCUCUGGACUGUUGCUUUCAUGUUUAGGGUUCUGGUAUAUUUUAAAAUACAAAUGCAUAGGCUCUUAAACAUGAUGAGCUCAUACAUUUUAAGAUCAUUGUUAAAUGCAACGAGGAAUGCCUGCGAUGUGUGAGGUUGGUGAUUUCUCUUAUAGCUGAAUUGGGAAAUGAAUUUGAAUUGUGUUGACAUUGGUAUGACUUGCAGACUAAGAACCUUAAACAAGAGUUCCUUAAUUAUAUCAAGCAACACACAAAUAUAAGCCCAGCAGCAGCACACUAGCCCUUUCUGUCAUUUAAAAGCAUAGAGGUAGGCACUACUGGACUAAAUUAGUGAGUCAUCACUGCACGUUAUAUCUGUAGCCACCAGCCUUUUGUGCUUUAUACCCAUGUCCAAAUGUGCACAAAAAAACCCAGUGUACAAAAUAAAAGGCAAAGAUGUUCAGCUCUUGAUUUUAGCACCAUCUGCUGGUAAGACAUAAAAGAAAAACACUGCACAGUGCCACUUUGCCACCCAAAAUGUGUGAAAUGGUUAAUUAUGUCUUGAAUUUUCCUAUACAUCUAUUUGUGUUGGAUUAUGUUUCAUAUGAUGUGUCUGUAGUUUCAUAAACAGGCUGCCAUUGAUCAUUGAGUAGGAAUAUAUGACUGACUUAUUGUGUAUAUUUGUACAUUAAAGCUCUAUAUGCAAGUGAUGUUUCAAGCCAGUUCUGCAGCUAGCUAGAUGUUUGAUGUGCUGCAAGAAUUUUUACCAUAGCAGUUCAUAAUGCUUCAUUAGAUGUUUUUACUCUUAACUGUAACAGAACGUUAAAGGUUUAAAACACUAAUGGCGCAAAGAAACAGUGAAGAUCAUCACUAAGGAAUGGCAGUAGAUCUGUGUAUUUGGUUUGACAGAUAGUUUUGGACUAAUUGCAUGUUAUCUCACACUCUUGUCACAUCCUCUCAUCCAACAGCGUGGCUUCCCGGAAGCGACAGCGCAAAACGUUAUAAUUAAAUGUUAAGGAGAGUUUCACUUUCUUUGAAUGGGUGUGAGAUUAAGACAAAAUUACUUCUUGCAAAGUCCUGGCUUGCAUAUCAAACUUGAACACCAUUUAAUUUUUACCUGUAUUUAUAUGUAAAACAACACAGCUUGUUUUUGUAACACUUCUCUGAGACUGCCGUUGUGCUGCUUUGGUCUGCUUCAUGCUGGUGCAUCUGCUGAAAGAAAAAUACACAUCUGCUGCCUUGUGAGAAAUUUUAAUUGUGCUGUAGAGCUUUGUACAUAAUAAACAAGGGUACAUAACGUUUCCCAUUCCUGUUCACACUCUUUUCUUCCACUAUCCUAGAAAAAACCUUUACCAUUCAUCAGCUAACAGCAUAUUUGACCACAAAUGCAUAUUAUUAUCUUCAGAAAGUGUGUUAGGCAGGCUCAACUGAAGGGGCAUUCUAAAAAUGUAAGUGAUUCUUAUAACAAGUCCCCCAGCACAUAAACAAAUGUGGACUUUAAAAGUUAAAAAUAUCCAGAGCACUUUUAAUUAUGUCUUCUUACAGAUGUAAAUUUAAAUGAGAAUCAUGACAAACUUUAAUAAGCCAAGUGUAUUCAAACUUCGCACAUGUUCCUCAUUAGUCCUUGAUUAAGGACUUGAUUAGUCUCAACCCUAUAAUUCGACAUUCUGUACACCUUGGAGCAUGG